AUGGGCUUUGUGUAUGGAGAACUACUUAGAGCCAAGGAGGAGAUUAAAAUGGCAUUCAAAGAUCAAGAAACUCACUAUCGUCCAAUCCUUGACAUUGUUGAUGGAAAAGCCCGUGGUCGACUUGAUAGUCCAUUGCAUUUAGCGGGUUACCUCUUGAACCCUUACUACACAUAUGCCAAUCCAAGUCUUGAGAAUGAUAAUGUGGUCAUGGAUGGGUUCUUCACUUGUGUUGAGACAUUCUUUCCUGAUGACAUUCAAACUCAAAGUUUGGUGACAGAUGUAGAAUUGCACAAGUAUUUGAAGAAAGAUGAUGGAUUUGGAAGAGGUUUGGCUAAGGCGGGAUGCGCACAAAAUGAUGACAAUUAUAAUCCGGUUUUGUGGUGGAAUAUUUAUGGAAACCUUGUACCAAGAUUGCAAAGUAUGGCUAAGAGGAUACUUUCAUUGACCACAAGCUCAUCCGGAUGUGAGAGAAAUUGGAGCGCUUUUGAGGGGAUCCAUACAAAGAAAAGGAAUAGACUAGAUAUAACGAGGUUGAACAAUUUAGUUUAUGUCCAAUUCAAUGCCAAGAUCAUCAACAAGAAGAGAAGAAUGAAAGAGAAGAAUGUGGAUGUAUUACUAGCAUAUGUAGAUUCCGAUCUUACUAGUGAAGUAGUUGGAGAGGGAUUGGGAUUGGGAGUGGAUAGUAGCUUAGAGCAUAGGAGAAGUAGUAGAAUUCAAGAAAUUAGAGAACUUCAUGAGAAGGAUUUUGUAUCGGAUGAAGAGGAAGAAGAUGAGAUGACUUUUGAGUUUGAGUCCGAUGAGGAGGGAGUACUAGACGGAUAUGGAGAAGAAGAAUUUGAGGAUUAG